UUCAUUUACGCAUCUAUUGGACAGCCGGGUGCUAUGCAUGAUACAAGUGUGCUAUACCAUGCCAUAAGAGUGGACCACGACAUCUUCCCGCAUCCUCCGAAAGGUAAGUACUAUCUAGUUGACGCCGGUUACCCUAAUCGGCCAGGGUACCUUGCUCCAUACAAGGGUGAGAGAUAUCAUGUCCCUGAUUUUCAUAAAGGUGCGGAGCCAUCUACUCCAAAGGAAAAGUUCAAUAGGGUGCAUUCAGCUAUUCGUAAUGUCAUUGAGAGGUCUUUCGGCGUGCUGAAAAUGAAGUGGCGCAUAUUGUUAAAGAUGCCAAAUUAUUCCAUGGAUAAGCAAAAGUUGAUUGAGGCGGCUUCCAUGGUGCUUCACAACUAUGUGCGCGAGCACCAAAGUGGGGAUCGGCAUUUCUGUAGGUGUGAUCGAGACCCAAAUUAUGAGCCAACAAUUCCAGAAAGGUAUCAAAAGUAUGCAAUUUCUCAAAGUGCAUCCGAUGGGUCAACACCGGAGUUGAAUGAUACAUCUAUGGAUUCUUUCCGCAACAAGCUCGCGACCGAUAUUUCUCUAGGUUGGUAAUACAUCAUGAAAUUUGACGUGAUAAAAGAUGAAUAUUUCUGUAGUGUGGUUAUUGGACUAUGUCGUGAUG